AUGGGUCCUUUGAAACAUCUGUCCUGCAUGCGUUUCGAAGCUAAACACAAAGAAAUGAAACAAAACGCUAAGGUGGUAACAUCGCGGCGAAAUCCUUCAUAUACUUUAACAUUAAAGCAUCAACUAGAAUUAACAUAUCGAUUCAUUCAAAAUAAGGGCUUCGAAAAUCGUUUUUCUGUUGGCGUUGUUCUAAAGAAUACAUUGACACAGUUAGACAAUUAUAACAAUUUUAAAAAUGCACUAUCUGAAGAUAUUAAUGAAAAUUAUUUUCCUGUAUCGUGGUUAAAUAUUAAUGGAAUCAUAUAUAAACCUGGUAUGAUCGUAGAAAUAGACACAGAUGAUGACUCUACAAUUCGUGAAAGCAUAUUAUGGCUUCAGAAUAAUUUGUCACCAUGGCAAUUAGUUGAAAAUCAUUGGAAAGCAACUUUAGCAUAUAGACGGAAUCAAAUUCAAACGUCUCAAAAUAAAAACAUAGCUGAAAUUUUCUCUCAGUGGCCAGUUUUAAAGCAUCCUACAGCAUAUACUUUGAUCGAUAAAGAUUUUACAUUUCUUAAUUUAACAUCAGAGGAUUGUAUAAAUAAUUGGUUUCAGUUUUUUUCUAAGAUUCAAGAAGUUUGUCUUUUUAAAGAUGAUAAAGUAAUAAAUGAGUUACGUUCUGUGAUUGAAAUAGAUAAUGUAAAAGAUGAUGCUAAAGUUAUAGUACAAAUUCUAUUAUUGCCUCAUCUGAUACCUCCCAAAGGAAGAAUUCGCUUAAAACAAGAACAUUACAAAUCAUCUAUAAGUGAAUGUAAAAACAGCAUUGUAUUACAUGCAAAGAUACCUGGAGAUAUAAGUCGCAUUCAAGAUGAUAAAGUAAAAAAAGCACAACGUCUAGGAUUGACAAUACAGCCAUACAUAAUAGUUGUUGGUGUUACUCUCGCAGAAAUUAAUGGAUUCUAUGUUUGCAUUGAUAAGGUAUUAUAUCAAGUUACAACGGCACUAGCGGCAGUUGAUCUAUGUUUUAAAAUCUUCCAUGUAUUUGAUGUUAAUUAUCCGCCAGAAAGUGAACACAUCUGGUAUAUCGUGCAGCUUUGUCUUUAUAAGUUUUCAACAAAGUAUGACAAACAAAUUUCGUAUGUAAUGCCAAUUAUCAAUGCUUUUAAAACAUUUAAUUCUACAAACGAUUAAUUACAUUAUUUUAAACGUACGAAAUUUGUUACAUGUU